AUGUCUUCCCAACUCAUUCCGUCUGAUCCGGCCCAGGUCAUGGUGAUCCGCAACGUCACGCCCAACAUCGUCACUUUCUCCGUGCCGUUUGCGCGCUUCGGACGGAUCAAGGUUGGAGGUCGAGGGACCCUAGUCAAGAUGACCAGCGGCGACCUGGCCGUCUUCUCGCCCGUCGCACUGACCGGAGAGGCCAAGGCCAAGGUCGCCUCCCUGGGCGGCACGCUGCGCUACAUCGUCGCCCUCGACUUUGAGCAUCACAUCUUCAUAUCAGAGUGGGCCGAGGCCUACCCCGAGGCCAAGAUCGUCGGCCCCGAGGGCCUUCCCGAGAAGCGCGCGGCCCAGCACGCCACCGACCCCAAGAUCGGCGACGAAGAGUUCAGCGUCAUCUUCACGCGCGAGGGGAAGCGGGACGUCAGCGUCGGGCCCGACUUCGACCAGGACUUUGACUACGAGUACGUCGACGGCCACGCCAACCUGGAGAUCGUCGUCUGCUACCGACCCGACCGCACCCUCAUCGAGGCCGACCUGCUGUUCAACCUGCCCGCCAAGGAGCAGUACAGCCGCGUCCCCGAGGGGGCCCUCCCGAGUUCCGGGCUGCUCGGCCGCGUCUUCGAGGGCGCCCAGUCGCCUUCCCUCACGGGGAACAAUACCUGGGUCAAGAGGUUUUCGUGGUACAUGGUUGCCAAGGACAGGGACAGCCUGAACGAGAGCAUUGCGCGCAUAGCCGGGUGGGACUUUGAGAAGCUGAUUCCUUGCCACGGGGAUGUCGUCGAGGAGAGGGCCAAAGAGCUGUAUAGCAAGGUGUUUGAGUGGCAUCUGAAGGCUGUCAAGAAGUGA